AUGGAUCCAGGCAGCUUUGAAAACAUCAGGCGGGCUGUUAAAGAACAACAUUUCAAGGAUCGUAAGGUAGAGGCACUGAAAUCGAGCCUGUCUUGUGCUUAUGGAUAUCUAUCUGGCGAACAAGUCGCUCUACUUAUUGCCGAAUUUACGUUCGAUGAUGCGAAGUCGGAUGCUCUUGAUGCUUGUGCUCCCCGCAUUUACAGCAUUACAUGUUCUCAAGCUGCAUCUAUACUCCGUGCUUUCGACUUCAAAGAUCGCAGAAUGAAAGCUAUGGAAGCGAUCUCGCCCCACAUCACCGACAAUGACUUAUCAGCACUGGACAGCGCUUUUAAAUUUCCAGAUGAAAAAAGGAGAGCGAAGGAAAUUCUUAUGAAUCGUCGGCAACCGGGAUUUCCACCUCAACCAGGGCCAUGCCCGGGUGCGGGGUUUCCGGGUGCGGGGUUUCCGGCCCCGGGUUUCCCUGGGAUGCCAACACCCCAACCUGGAGCCUACCCACCACCAGUGCCAGGAGGCUCACCUUACCCUGGAUCAGCACCUUUUGGAGGAAUGGGAAAUCCUUAUGCAUAUCCUGGUCCUGGAGUGGGUCCUCCACCGUAUCCAACUGGCACGGCCCCACCUCCUCCACCUGAUGGUGGCCUUGGUGCUGUGGUGCAUGGAGUUCUAGGAGGCCUAUUAGGACCUCGCCAUCCACCCCACGGUAAUCACCCAUACCCGCCUCCACGCUGAACCGUCAGAAUGAGUGGUUAUACUUCACUGUUCUACUUCAAGACUGAUUUAAUUAACUUUGAUUUUUACUUUCAAACUGUUCCAGAUUCAAAAAAUCGCAAGUCAAGCUAACUAACAUAAGCAGUGUUUGUUGUCCUGCCUUUAAAGCUGUUUACAGUGGAACACCAAUAGCAAGAUUGACUGAGAACUGUUCAAACGGAUACCAAAUUUUAAAAUACUUUGCUCGAUUUUUAACUAUUUCGAAUACAACGAAUGUCAUCAUUUAGUGCCAUACGGUAGAUGGUUGACGAAGUAGCGGAGCGAACCUCUACUGUUGUGUUUCGAUACAUGAUAAUUCGUUUCACCUCGGGAUUUGUUUCGAACGAAUCAGUCCUUAGGGAGCAAACGUUUUUUAUUUUUAACCUUUUAGGCAGUGGUUUAUCUUGGUAUUAGUACUCCAUUCUAGAAGAACGAAAAUUAUAAUGCAGCAUAAUGGUAUUGAAUUAUUUAAAUUAAUGAAAUGAAAUGAGAUCGUUUCAGCUUCCUGCUGAGUCUGCUAAAUCAUUAACGUUAAAGAUACGUCUAUUUUUUUCAGGUGAACCUGUCCACGGUAGAAAGUCAAUGACGUAAUUAAGUCAAAUAAUUCUUUUCCCUUUUUUUUUUCUUCUUGUUUUAGGAACGCUUUUAAACGUCCCCGUUAGCUCUGUACCCUUGCACGUACAAAUCACCGAAUGUCACUCAUGUUAUCAGUGCAUCCCUUAAUUGUUGUCCAAAUUUUCAUCUAUGAUAAAAUCUAGUUGUCUAAAUACGAGAAUAAAAAUGAUAUUGUAGUCAAAGAUCGUCUUUGAUUAUACUAUUUUCUGUGCUUAUUUUGAAGCAAAACUUGUCGAAUAUGUAUUCGCCAUUUUUAAAAGUCAUUCAACCUGUAGUCACGCAAUAGUUAUCGGGGCAAACGGCACUUGGUCUGCAAGCAGGAAUUUCGUUACCAGCUUACAAUACCUGCUCAAAUAAAGCAACUUAUUUAGUCAUUUUGGGGGAGUAAUUCCAUGAAGUAAAAUCAAAUGCCGUAAAGUAGGGAGGACAGUGGGGUUGUGAUAUUGUGAUAUUGGACAAUAUUUCUUGCGGUAUCUGGAAUGCGGAUUUUUAUUGAAAAUUAUGCUCACAGCCCUCCUACCCUUUCCCCGAAAGGAAGGGGAAAUAUUUCAGUCAUUGUAAAGUAAACCUAAAACAUCUCUCAAUUCCUCUCGGCUCCAUCUGAUUUGUUUGCGGGUGGGUGUAUUAAAGAUAACACUUCGUCAGAAGUUUCAACAUAAUUCCUCUCACUUCUCGACUCAUAUGGACCUUACUGGAUAACCAGAGCGUUUUAACUUCUAAAAAAUAAAAUGGAAUUAUUAUUGCGUGAUAAUUCAACUGCAUAUCACAUGAAUAAGAAAUUUCGCGCCUAGAUGGCAAGCUAGAUUCCAGUUUUCCCCCUUUGAACAAUGCGAAAUGUGAGGAAUACACAUCUGAAGAAUACACUUAAUAGAGUGAGUAACUUCGUCCGUUGCUUAUAAACAAUAGGGGGCUAAAAUAAUCAGCCUUCUAUAUAAAAUGCAGUGCUUCUGCAGGGCAGCAAAAAGUCUGAAAAGAUACCUGGCUAGGUUACAUUAAAAAUAUACCUAUACCUAUUUUGGGGGAGUAAAUUCAUGAAGGAAAAUCAAAUGCCGUAAAGUAAGGGGGACAGUAGGGUUUGUGGUAUAGCGAUAUUGGACAAUAUUUCUUGCGGUAUCUGGAAUGCGGAUUUUUAUUGAAAAUUCUGCUCACAGCCCUCCACCGUUUUCCGGUCUUCGUUUGUUUUGGAAACGGGCUGAAACUGGACUUCAAACAGCAUGAAGAUUCUCGAAUCCGUCAUGCGAGUUUUAAUUGUUAUUUCUGUGUCCUUUUUCCCGAAACGUGACGUACCGAGGAGUGGUUUCGGGACGAUAUCGAGUUCUGUCCUCGCGAAGGUAUAUUAUUCCAAAAUCAAAUCAUCACUUAACAUUUGGAACAGUCGAUGAGUUUUCAUGGUUUUUUCUCGAAGGCCUGAUAAAUUUCUCUACCCUUUCCCUGAAAGGAAGGGGAAAUAUUUCAGUCAUUGUAAAGUAAACCUAAAACAUCUCUCAAUUCCUCUCGGCUCCAUCUGAUUUGUUUGCGGGUGGGUGUAUUAAAGAUAACACUUCGUCAGAAGUUUCAACAUAAUUCCUCUCACUUCUCGACUCAUAUGGACCUUACUGGAUAACCAGAGCGUUUUAACUUCUAAAAAAUAAAAUGGAAUUAUUAUUGCGUGAUAAUUCAACUGCAUAUCACAUGAAUAAGAAAUUUCGCGCCUAGAUGGCAAGCUAGAUUCCAGUUUUCCUCCUUUGAACAAUACGAAAUGUGAGGAAUACACAUCUGAAGAAUACACUUAAUAGAGUGAGUAACUUCGUCCGUUGCUUAUAAACAAUAGGGGCUAAAAUAAUCAGCCUUCUAUAUAAAAUGCAGUGUAAAAUAGUGCUUCUGCAGGGCAGCAAAAAGUCUGAAAAGAUACCUGGCUAGGUUACAUUGAAAAUAUACCUAUACCUAUUUUGGGGGAGUAAAUUCAUGAAGGAAAAUCAAAUGCCGUAAAGUAGGGGGGACAGUAGGGUUUGUGGUAUAGCGAUAUUGGACAAUAUUUCUUGCGGUAUCUAGAAUGCGGAUUUUUAUUGAAAAUUCUGCUCACAGCCCUCCACCGUUUUCCAGUCUUCGAUUGUUUUGGAAACGGGCUGAAACUGGACCUCGACCUAGAAUAAUCGGCCUUCUAUAUAAAAUGCAGUGUAAAAUAGUGCUUCUGCAGGGCAGCAAAAUGUCGGGGCUGUCCUGGUGUACCGGUACACAGGGGAAUUCCUAUUGUUUUCAUAUCCACACAUGGAGUUGUGACGCAGUUCGUUAAUGUUUCGUUCCUUUGUGUACCGGUACACGAGGACACAACCAAAAUGUCUGAAAAGAUGUCUGGCUAGGUUACAUUGAAAAUAUACCUAAAUUUGCUCCACUUUUUGUCACCUUGUAUCAGAAUGAAGGCCUCUGUCACAGCACUUGUGAUGUUCAUGCUAUUUAUGGACUUCAGUAAAGUUGCUUCCGUCUGGGAUCUCCGAAAUGUUAAUGUUCCACCAAGCCAUAUUCCUUAUUUUCUGAGGAAGAAAGCCGGUAAAAUGGGACUCUGCAGCAAUGGAGCUUGCCAGGUAAAUAUUUAGCUAAAAAAGUUGCCCAACUGAGUGUGAUGUACGUGUGAUGAAGAUUUAACUGUAUGAGUUACUAGCCUGUGGCCAACCAUAGCUUACUCUUCAGAUGUCAUCGCAAUUAUGUAUACAAGCAAUUUUAAAUCGGACGUCCAAAGUAUAUUGCAUGGGCGCUACUCUAUUGGCAAUUUUUCUCACCUAUCAGAUAUAAAGCCAAAACCGUGUUCGUUUUGGGUUUUUUGUUGUUGUUGUUGUUUGCAUUUUCCAGCAAUGCAAGCAGUGCCUUUGAUCCUAUUUGAAGUUCCCCUAAGUUCUAUAUGAAAUGAUAAUUUGUUCUCUAGAAAUUCUUGUUGAGCUGAAUUUCAUUAACCAGGAAACAAGUGUUAAGAAAGUGUUUUGUAUAUUAAGCAAGUAUUUUAUAUAUUAAUACUAAAUGUAACUGAAAUUUUAUUCUAAGGAUGGAGAAAACAUGCCAUGUUGGGGAUAUGAAGAUGAUUGUAAUCCACUGAAUCAGUUUUCCAAGCCACACUGUAUUCAUCUUCAUCAGUCUUGGUAAGUAUAAGUACAUAAUUUUGAUAUUGAAUGUCACUAGGGUAAAUAUAACUUUUAGUCAGUUCUUGAGGAGUGAGUCAGUUCAGGGUGUUUGUCUCCCAACUGUCUUUCUCGGUUGUUCAAAAUAAGUUGUGGAUUUGAAAAGAACAAUUUGUUGGAGAUAAAUUGGAAAUUUCUGCACAAGCUUCCUAGGAUAUAAAAACAAUAUCUUUCCAACUGAUAUCAAAGAAAAACAAAAUUCAUCUACAUGAACUGAAGAGCUCAAAUUCUGAAAUUCUUUGUGGAUCAUCUUCCCAAGUAGUUGUCUAUACAGCCUGGGUUACUUUGAUUAUCUUUGAAGAUCUUCAAACUUAACCCUUUUAACCCUAAGAAUCAGACUAACAUCUAAUUUCUCCCUACAAUGUCACUUCUGAAUCAAACAUUAAGGUCAUGAGAAUAAAGGAAAUGAUCAACAACUGAAGAUAUUUGUUACUGUUAAACAAAUUCUCUUUGUCAGCACCUUAAGAAAUAUAUAGAGAACUGUAUAGAGAAUAUACAUAAUGAUGUUUUGGGUGUAAAGGGCUAAAGUCUCUGGAAGUGGUCAUAUUGAAUAGAAUGACUGCAUGCUAUAGUUUUGACUUUACUCAAUAUUUAUCCUUUUGGGAAGUACUCUAGAUCAAAUGAUCUUUUUUUUAAUAUAUUGCAGCUUAUUCACUUGUAACGUUGUACAAUUGUUUUAAUUAAGGGCUAAAACUAUGGAGGAUCAAGUCCAGUUGUUUUGGGAACAAGGAGACUUUGGUUACAUCAAGAAAAUGAAAAGUCAAGUCAUGGAAUUGUGUCAGCCUAAGGAGCUGGUAUGGGUUCAAUUAAAUUAGUACAUCACAAAGUUUUGCUUCAAAAUUGAUUAAGGUUUAGUAGAAGUAUAACUUGAAUGUAUUUUUGUUUUUGGUAAAACAUUACAGGGAAGUCUUUGACUUUAAUUUAACUAUUUAUCACCAUUAUUUAUGUUUAUCAUAAUUGAUUUAUAGGGAGAUUCAUCAUUGACCUGCACUGCUAAUCUGUGGUACUGCCAUGCAACAAACAUAUAUUUUGAUUUAAAAAAUUUUAACCCAGAUGCUACCAAUGACAGGUUUGUUACAGCUUACCAUUGAGGUUCAAUUCACAACUUCAUUAUCAUAGACAGGUCAAAUAAUGAUCUCUAUAUUUUUAGUAUCUUUGCCCCUUUAGAUGAAGAUAACCUUGAAUUUUUCGUAUGGACCACUAAAGAUUGAGUUAUGACAAACCAAUUUUUUACUAUUGUUUUGUAUGAUGAUUCAGGUUUCGCGAAGAUGUGUUGAAAGAGGGGGAGGUUGGAGGUCACUGUCAUUUUAAGAAAGACUUACACAAGAAUCAGAAUGAAAACAAAAGUCCUCUGCAGUCAUGGUGAGUAAAGGAAAACCAGGUUGUGGUAGAAUUGCAUUUAUUGUGAACCCUUUACCUCUCAAGAUCUGGUUGUUCAUUCUCCCCUCUAGCCACUAAUUAUUUCCUAAUAAAUUGGUGACAAUAAUUCAGUGUUAGAUCAAGAUAACAACUUCUCCCUGAUUAGUUUGAGUUUUCUCAUUACCUGUCUGCUGAAUGAUGUCUGGAUAUUAUAUGGAGAAAUUACAUGUUAAUCACUUCUGAGAGUUAAAGAGUUGAUCACUGUUAAAUUUUUUGUUUAACUCUACAGGUUUGCUGAACUAGAGCACUAUACAUCACUUUCUGUUAAACCCUUACAGGCUGGACUUUGUGAUGUUAUAGUGAAUAGACCAACUGUUUUUAUGAAAUUGGAUGCAGGUACACAUUGCGUUGAAUCUGUUACAGUAAUCAUGCCACUCUAGACUGUGCAGUUAUGUAUUAACUAUGAAAUGUAAAUUUUGUGCUUCAGAAAGCAAACUGUAGCUUAUCAUGGACUUACAGUGAGUUUAUAGACUGCUGUUAACUCUACUGGUAUAUUCACUGAAGAUCCUGAUCCUUAAAAGAUAGUUUAUGUAUAAUUGAGUUAGUUUAACUCUUCUAAUUAAAGAUUAAUAGUCUUUGCCAUUCAAGAAAAAAGCUCCAGGAUUUAAAUCCUUUACUAUGAUGUUGUCUAACCCUUAAACUACCAAGAUCUGAUUGUCAAUUCUCCCCUGUAGCUGCUAGACAUUUCCUUUUGAAUUAGAUACAAGAAUUUGAUGUUAGAUCAAGAUAACUUUAACUUGAUAAGUUUAAGUAUUCUCAUUACCUGUUUGCUGGAUAAUGUUGAAUGCUAUGGGGAGAAGUUACAUGUAAAUCACCUGUGGGAGUGAAAUGGUCAACUGAUAGUCAGCACACUUAAUUAUACUUAAAUACCAGUUUCAUUAGCUUUGAUAUUUGGGUGAAAUUGUUUUUAUUUGAUGAUUUCAGGUAUCAACUUGUAUCAUCAUUUUUGUGACUUUGUGAACCUUUAUGUAACUCAGCACAUGAAUGGAAGUCUUAGCACUGAUAUCAAUAUUCUCAUGUGGGACACAGUAAGACAUUAUUUGUAUUGUAUUUGUAACCACACCUUUUGAUAAAUUCUGAUACAAUACAAAACACAUACUUUAGAUAAAAAUUAACUAAAAUCUGAGUGCAUGCAGGCCCUUUCUAAAAAGAGCAAUGUUAAUUUCCCUUGUAUGAUCUUGUUGUUUUAGAGUUCUCUUACAUACCGCGAUCUCUUCUCUGAAACAUGGAAGGCAUUUACCCAGCAUCGCAUUAUACGGUUAAGUGAAUAUGCUGGAAAACGGGUGAGUAUGAUAUAACAUGAAAUUGAAGAACAAGCAAGUAACAUUUUAACAUGACAUGUAAGAGAGGAAAUUGACUUAACCCUUCAACUCCCAAGAUCUUAUUAGUAAUUCUCCUUACUGUCUGCCAUAUAAUUCUUGUGGUGUUAGUUUGUAGAAUUUGGUAUUGGAUCACCUAAUAACCCCCUAGUUAAUAUUCUUUUUUAUUCUUGUCACUUGUCUGCUUGGUAUUGUAUUGGUCCUGUAAGAAAAAAUUCUGUCUUGGUCACUCAUGGUAGUUAAGGGGUUUAUAUUGACUGCCAGGUGUCAAUGUUUUUUUUUUUCAUAGGUUUGUUUCAAAGAUGCUGUGUUUUCAUUCAACCCAAGAAUGAUUCGUGGGCUAUACUACAACAUGCCAUUGGUAAAAUAAACCUACAAUAAUUAAAAUACUUUAAAGCUAAUAUUUACACGACUCUAAACUAUUCACCGUUAACAUUUACAACAGAUAUGUUUAACAAUCUUACAGGUUCCAAGUUGUGUUGGAAGUGGUCUUUUUAAAGCUUUUUCAGAGCAUAUGCUACAUCGCCUCGGUGUAAUACAAGACAAUCAUAGAGUGAGUAAGCUGUGCAUGCAUUUAAAUUAAAUCAGGUAAUCUAGAGGUUUAUUUACCUGGGCAUUUUUUUUUAUCCAAUUUUGAAUUAUUUGACACUAUUUUGUUUAUUUUGUGUUUUUUAUGAUUUAUUGAUUCAAUGUUCAUUUUCAAUUUUUUAGGAAGAUGAAUUUAGAAUAACACUGUUGGAUCGAAGCACAAAGUAUCGCAGAAUUCUAAAUAGAGAUGAGGUAUGAAGGAAUUGAACUUGUUUUUCUGGAAUACUUGUGCUGUAACACUGCUACUUUCCAAGUAAAUGCUUGCUAUAAGGAUCAUGUUAUUAAUUGUACAGGGACCACUUACUGCUUAUAUCUUGAUAUGGAAUUUUUUGCUGAGCACUAAUGACCUACUAUGAACAUUUCUUCACUUUUCAUAUAUAUUAUCCAUUUUAUCAGUUCAGUUGUUAAUACAAGUGAUCCUAGAAGAGCAGCCUUGUAAACAAAAGUCUCAUAAAGCACAGUUGGUAGAGCACUGGAACUAAUACUUGUAAAAGUUUUAGGUUGACUCCUGUUAAAAAGUAUUUAGAAUUUAUUUUUGUUUCACAAUUUGUAUUGUUUCCAACAUGCAGCUUGUGGGUGCAAUGAUGAAUGUUCCAAUGUUUAAAGUGAACAUUGUUGAUUACACUUGGUAAGAUACUUCAACUAAAUUGUCAUAAUUGCCAUUUUUCUCUAGCAUAGUUUAAUACUAUGAUUACAUUUAAGUAACAAUUUGUUUUGCUGGGUUUUUUUCCUUGUAGGAAAAUUCCAUUCUUGGAACAAUUAAAGGUGUGUGAACUUUAAGUUUUAUCAGUUACAUUUCUCUCUCCAACUGCAGUGUAAAUGAAUAUUGUUAAACUGUAAAAGUAACCUGUGAUAGACUGCCACCCCAUUCUGGGGGAGAGGCAAUAGUCCUCAUCAUUUUAAGCCACAUAAACUUGGAUGAGCUACAGAUGUAGUAAAUUAUGAGCCUAAAGGCAGAAAAGCUACUACUGAGAAGAAUCUAAGAACUUCACAAAUACUAGUAGAUUGAAAAAAUCUUCAUUAUCACUCUCCCAAUUGUUGUCAUCAUGAUAAUCAUCUUUAUCAUUUUCUUCAUCGUCAUCAUCAUCGUCAUUCUCGUUAUUAUCAUCACGAUAGUUUUGUUGUUUGUUUGUUUGUUUGUUUAUUUUUUCAGAUAACGCACAAUUCCGACAUAUUUAUUGGAAUACAUGGGGCAGGUCUCGCGCAUGCGCUGUUUUUACCGGACUGGGCAGUACUUUUUGAACUGUACGUAGCGCAACAUAAUGUACAUGCAAUCGCUGUCCAUAAAACCUGUUGAUGUUCCCUUGUGGAAAUACCAAUUUUUGCAACUAAAUCAAAAGUGACUGUUACUCUGCUCCCUAUGUUAAAGUGUUUGUGUCAAGCAAUUUUCAAAUGAGUUUCAAUCUACAGUAGUUUCAUAAUGUAUCUGCUUCUCUUUGCUAUGCUUUCUGAUUGCCUUAGAAAGUUUAACACCACCCCUUAAUCAGGAGCAACACCAAAAUACUUUGCAGGCUGCCAGCUACAUGUGUUCACUCGGAGGUUCUGCCCUUAUGAUAAGGUACUUAAAAUUAAAUUUGAUUAAGGAAAGGCUCAGAAUACGUGUUCGCCCCUCAUACAAAAAGUCUGCCCUAUACUGGUGUUCACGAUCCAGCGUUGCUAGUACAGAAAAAUGCCUAAAAAACCUCAAAAUUGAUUUGUAUUUAGGUAUAAUACCGAAGACCCUGCGUGUUACAGUGACUUAGCAAGGCUAAGGUAAGAUCACCAUGAAAUAUGUUUGUAACUGCACUUAUAUAUAAUUUUGUUUUAAAGACCUUUUUUCGUUUUAACAGGGGCGUCAAUUACAUCACGUGGGAACACAACGAGAAGCUUUAUCAGGAAGACGAGGUGAGUAACAUGCCACACUGGUUUCUUUGACUCAGCCUGGUUACACAGAUGUUAGGAAAUUGUUCCUUGUUCGACGAAUUAGCCUGGUAAAGAUUUACCAUUUCUGGAGGUACAUCUCCGCCCAAGAGGCUUUGAACAUUGCUGAUGUUAGCAGUGUGCAGGACACCUGUCACAAGUGGAACAUGUUACCCUGUUCCAGAGACCCGCUUGAGAUCUUCGAGCGGUCUAGCACAAAAAAUUAUUUCGUUUUUAGUACCAGACCCCUCGUAGACCUCCCGCUAGUGAGCUAAGGGGGCCGGGUCGACUCUCGCAAACUUCGUCAGAAGCCUGUGAGGUGCUUGGUCAGAUGAGCCCAAGUGAGCCUGUCGGUGAGGUACUGACCGGGAGCGUGGCAUAGACUAGAACCGGUUAUAUGACAAGGGUGGAGCUCACAUGUGGGUCUCCCUGUAGUUCAAAAUGUAGAGCACCAGAAGGAGAAGAUUUUGAAAUGUAUUUUGGUUAAAUCAAAUAAAUAUGAUGCUUAUUUUAACAGGGACAUCAUCCAACCUUAGGAGCUCAUGCUAAAUUUACAAAUUAUGCCUUCAAUGUGGACGAGUUCAUGUGGUUGGUAUACAAGGCGGCAGAUGCAGUUAAAGAAAGCCGCCAUAAACUGUUGAACAGCACUCUAAGUAGCAUUCUUAAUGAGGGAUCUACCAGCAAGUCGAGAGACGAGCUCUGAGAUGGCGACAUGAAGCUUCGUUAGAGUGAGUGAAAGGUUCAGUACAUCAGUAUGGCAUGAACUUCCGGUACGUGGGGGUUAGGGACUGUCAACGAUAACAGUGACAGAUUGUCAUGUCGACCUCCACGCCGUGCCUCACUUUAUAUGACAAAAAAAGGCUUACAAAGGGGGGAUCACGAGCACCUCAGGAACCCCCCACCUAGCUACGCUAUUGAUUCAUGUGAACGUUUACCAUCAUUUUUGCCUGAAAGGUAUACCAGUGCAUCGCACGUUACACUCCUUACCUCGGCCUCCCUCCCGGCCUCCCACCCUUCAGCCUUCAGCAUUUUUCGUCAGGUUCCCUGUCAGAUAACCGGUGCCUAUCGUUUGUGCUGUUCGGAGAGAGGCCUUGGGAGAAUUAAAUGACGACGUGAUUGAACUCGGGUCGCAAAGGAACACGGGAUCUUGUCACUUGGCUCUAAAAUGGUCUAUUUUCUUAAAUAUUUAAUCGAGCCAUUGAACAUACCCAGAAGGUAAAACUUCUUAAGUUUCUCUUAAAGGAUUUUCGCGGUAAUCGUUUUACUAUUAAACAAUUCUAUUGUCUAUCAGCGAUAGUUCCUGAUCCAUUUAAAUACUGACUGGAGAAUCUUCAAGGGUCAUCGUUAUGAUUACUAUGGACAUACUAGAUAAGAAUUUUUUUCCAAAUUUGACCACAUGCGCGCAGUUAAAAUAAGACUACAUUGCAAUAGCAGCUGGGUUUUAUUUGGUCAGCUACAUUGUAAUUCUUUUGACGUAUGGCUGGUCAGAUACUAAAACAUAAUUGUCAAAGGUUCCGUAUGAAUGAUGGAAAUUGUUAAUUAUAAAUCGUGCAUUUAAGUUAUUGCUCUUUUGUCAGUUGGGCAGCUGAUUACUGUAAAAUUGUUUGUCAGUUUGUGCGUAGUAUAGACUGUGACAUAAAAUAGCUUAACUGCGGACGUGAUGCAGCUCAGUUCGUUAUUUUUUGUGGGAUGUCGUCGAAAUGGACAUUUCAAGCGCUACCGUGGUUCGAGAGAUAUAUUUGUGCCGUAUUUUUUAUGUUAUUGUCCUCAUUACAACUGGUAUACAUCUAUUGAUUUACAUCUAUAAAUGUUGAUAUUUUAGUGUUUCUUAUCUAAACGCUGGACUUGGUAUUUGUCAAGAAUAAUUUUAAUUCACCAUGAAGUUUGUUUUACAUCAGAGUAAUAGCAAACAUGCGACAGAAGGAUUCACGAUGUAUAGUUCUAUUUUUUUCCGUUUUGGCGAACAGUGAAAACUUUUCGCUACCUUUACUGUUCAGUCUGUCAUAUUAAUCUGCCUAAUCAAUUGAUUUACCUUUUCGACAAAAAUUUUGUCUUCACCUUUUUUUUUAUUUAAUAAUUUUUUUCCGGAAAAAUCUUGUCACUCAGCAC